AUGCCGACUCACAGUGGGGUUGUGGGGCACGCGAGUGUGGCGGCUGCCUCGGCGCACGGUGGGACGCGUGCAUCAUCGGCUGGAUUCGUCGCCGGCGGCGUGGCGAGCACAGGGCGGCGGAAGGCCCCGCGGAAAACACAGCAGCAGUCGUCAAACUCGCCCUACCCGACGCCGCGGCUGGACACACAUCUGCUGGAGGAUCACUUUUCCGCCAGGACGGGGGAGAUGUAUUCACCACCCAGGCUGCUCCACGCUCAGGAUCUGCGGGGUGAGGCGACCGCCAAGGCAAGGCUGCAGACAACGCUCUCGCCACGUAUCCGCAUGUCUGUUUACCCCGCAGGCCGACGCGCGGCCUCGAGCAGUGCCCUGCAUGAAGACAGUAUCUAUGCCAACGGAAACAGUAGCCCCCUGUUGCCCACUGGUCAAACGCCACCGUUUGGCAUCUUGUCGUCAGCCGAGCCCAGCACUCCUAGUAACUAUGGUGAUUCAUACCGGGAGCUUGGUGAUUCCAGCAGCGGGCACCGUACUGUAGGGCCUUUGGUGACAGAAGAAUGGGCUCGCAGUAUUGUACAGCCACAGGACGAGUGUUUUUUGUACGAGUGCCGAGCUCCAGGGAGCAAAAAACGUGAGGGACGAGUGCGUCAAAUGCAGGGGAUACUGCUGCGUGAACAGGCAAGAGCGGCUGCUGGCUUCAAUGGGGGUCUCAGGGCUGGUAUGAGGCCUGAGGAAGCUGCAGUGCCUGUGAUCUCUACCGCUCGACGGCGCAGUUUGAGUUGGCAGCAUCAACAACGGCAGCAGCAGCAGCAGCAGCAGCAGCAGCACACGUCGCCAUCCCUGGAAAGUUUGAUAUUAGACGGCGAAGAGAUUGAGCGAGAGCGUACGGUGUGGAUGAAUGAGCGUCAGAUACGUGCCCGAGGUACGCCUUUGUUGUUUGCGCGGCCGCGACUACAACCUAAUGCUUCCGAUAAAAAAAAUUACGGCGAAUGGCAAAAAAACAGCAGCGCGGUCAUUUCAGCCAACUCCACUGCGCCGGCGACGUAUGGUGUGGGAAAUGGCACGACCCCUGUGUCGCCGCUGCAGCGUCAUUUAAGCGGUGAUAUUAUGAUCACACCCAUCCUGCAACACGGUUUCACCAACCCGGAACGUUUCCUGCUUAAUGCUGCUGGUUCGGCGGGCGCACCUUUGCUAUCUGCCUCCAGCGGUAACAAGUCGCCAGUGUUGCUCGCAGAUGAGCCCUUGUCACUGCCCCGACACACUGAUGCUGAGACGCGUGCUACUGAAAGGGCGCGGAGUCAAACACCCGCCACCCCUGUUAUGCCUCCACCGAGGUCGUCUUCACUUUCUGUGUUUUCUGACACGGCUGUACCGGAUGUAACGCGGCUCUUUGAUGACCCACUUUUUCUUCUUCGCGGAGAUGAGAACCUCGGGCGAUUGCAGCUUGCUCAGGCGGAGCAUGAGGCACGCGAGCGCCUGCUGCAGCUGCAUACUACCUCCGCUCAGAGCGGUCAUUCUCUGCUCUCGCUGGGGCAGGUGCGCGAGGAGGAGCCCAAGGCGCGGUACACACAGGAGGUUCGCCUGGGCCUCGUUGCGAGGCGACGCGUGACGCCCAAACCUGUAGUAAAGCCUAACGAGACUAAGGGCGCGGGACAUGAAGGUGAGGGCAACCAUACCACUGCUAGUGAAGCAGCCAGCGCUAGCACCACGUCUUGUGUUUCUGUAUCAACCGUCAAUGCAUGUACGCAGGAAAAACCGCACAACACUGUCAAGUCACGCUAUGUUAUCUUGGACGCCGUGUCAAAGAAAAAAUUGGCACCUGCCACGAGGAUGCACGAGAAGCUGCUCUGUCGUCGCGGCAAGUCUGUGGGGGGUCUUGAGCACAGCGGCGUUGAGCCUCCGGUGAAAAGUAAAGUACGACACGGUGGAACGGCGGCAGCGGCAUCGGCAUCGUUGGCCACUUUCAAGAAGCGACAGGAAAAAAAUGAGACGCAUAAACCAACGCGAAAAGCAUUCCAGCCACCGGCACCGCUCCAAGAUGUGGAGGGUUGCUGCUGUGAGAGUGAGACCACGAAAUUCCCUUCACCACCGCCGGAGCCGCCAACGCAGCAGGAGCAGGAGGAAGCCUUGGCAGUAGCUGUUGAGUCGCAGGGUGCGGCGGCUUACGUGAAUGGGUCUUCUGCCAUUCUACCAGUGAAACCAAAUAGUCAUCAGGGUCCUGUGUCGCCUCCGCAGAAGGCUAAAUGUCUCGGGAGUGGACGAACGCGAGACGCCCUGAGUGCCUGGGAUAUUUCCUACCCCUCCAGCGAGUCCGUGUCUCGGGGCCAGUCCACCUCUUCAUCACCUGUGCAUAACUUGGACGAGACGAUAAUGAAGUCUCCAACGGAAAUAGAUUCGCUAGGUGCAUGUAGAAGGAGUUGCAUAAAUAUGACGGCCUCAGGGGCCCGUGACGGUGUGUCUCAGACCAGGUUUCAGAAACGCAUGCAGCAGGAGGCGCUGACGGUGUCCUCAGUAUCCAAGAUGUUGGAGGCGGAAUUUUCCUGCCAGGAGGAUGAACCUGAUGCGGAACUCAAGGAGUACGUGCAGUUUGCAUUGCGGCAGGAGGAGAAGCGUAUGACGGCUGAAAAAGGGGCUGAGGAGGACAUUACUGAGUUUCCGGGUGUGAUGUGGCUUAUGCGACACCAACGUCGCUUGCGAAAAGGCGGGGCAAGUACGCAUCCUGUCAAAAACGGGGUGAAGCAUGCGGUACCGGGGGCGGAGAAGGGCAUUGUCAGUGCCAACAUCGAUGACGUCUUGGACAGCGAUGAGGGCAGCGUGAAUCAAUGGCUGGAGGAGCUGGGUCACUACACACGGAACGUGAAUGCCGUACUUACGGCCUUUGGAACCCUUUGGCAGGUCCCAUUUCAAGACGCCGAUAAGCGAGAGACGCUGCCACUUGUUGUACGGGCGCAGUUACUUUUUUUUGACCUGUGUUCACGUGCCGAGAAUAAAAAGAAAGCCGCAGUGGAGGACAACACUCAGAACGGCCAUGACAUGACAGAGUGUGACAGCAAACACAACGGUGGGGUGUUCUCCGCUAGCGUGGACUAA